UCCUUCUCUUCAUCCGCUGUCCGCCGCCGCCGCUAACCGUUCGCGCUCCGUUCCCUCGAUGGCGAUCGUCCAUCGCCUCCUCAGAUCCGCCGCCGCAGCCUUCUCUCCGGCCGCUGCGGCGGCUAGGAGGGGGCUCUCCGCCCUGGCGGCGGAGCAGACCCUCGAGCGGAACGUGCAGUGGGUGUUCCUCGGCUGCCCCGGGGUCGGGAAGGGCACUUACGCCAGCCGGCUCUCCCAGCUCGUCGGAGUCCCCCACAUCGCCACCGGUGACCUCGUCCGCGAGGAGCUCGCCUCCUCCGGCCCUCUCUCUCAACAGCUUGCUGAAAUUGUUAAUCAAGGAAAAUUGGUUUCUGAUGAGAUCAUAAUAGAUUUAUUGUCGAAACGCCUUGAAAGGGGAGAAACAAAGGGUGAAUCGGGAUUUAUUCUUGAUGGUUUUCCACGUACAGUUGGACAAGCCGAAAUUUUGGAGGGUGUGACUGAAAUAGAUCUGGUGGUGAACCUAAAGCUCAGAGAAGAUGUGUUACUUGAGAAGUGUUUGGGCAGAAGAACAUGUAGUCAGUGUGGUGGGAACUUCAACAUUGCUUCCAUCAAUGUUGAUGAGGGAAAUGGGAAGCCUGGAAUGUAUAUGCCCCCUCUCCUACCUCCUGCCAACUGCAUGUCAAAACUGAUUACUCGUGCUGAUGAUACUGAGGAGGUGGUAAAGAAAAGAUUGCAUAUCUACAAUGAACUGAGUCGACCGGUGGAAGAGUUUUACCGCAAGCGAGGCAAGCUUUUAGAGUUUGAUUUACCAGGGGGGAUCCCAGAAUCUUGGCCGAAGCUGUUGCAAGCACUGAACAUCGAAGACCACGAAGACAAGCAAUGUGCAGUUGCAUAGUCUUGAACCUCCAAGAGUGUUGAGACACUUUGUGGUGAUUAGCACAUUCUUUCAAUAAAAGAUAAUGAACGCAGCCCAUCAAUCAAAGGGGCGAGGAACUGUUACAGGUUUGUCCUACUGUUGGAGGUGUGCUCCCUGUAGGAUGGUGGAUCUAUUUUAUUUCUAUUGAUUGAUAAAGUCAAAACAACAGGUUACUAGGAGGCAUUUUUGAACCGAGUUCUUAAACCUUUGACAGGGUUUUGUAUUGUUGCUUAUAGGAAUUAUCACAAGCCAAAGCAGGUUUCGUGACUCCUGGCAUUGAAACUUUGAUCUCCAUGUUGGGAAACAUUUAUUAUGGUACAACUCUUUUUUUUUU